CACCGCCGCCGCCUCCUAGUCUGCCUCGGGGCCGCCACGCCGAGUCGCGGAUACGCCGGGGCCCUGCCGGGCUUGGGCGCCUUGCGGGCCUCGGGGCUCCUCCGCCCGGCCCUCCCGAGGAGAUGCUACAGCGAGGAUAACUUUGUUUUCCUUGAAGACUAUGAAGAUCCUUCCACUAAGUCAGACAAGGACGAUGGGGUCUAUCUUAUUCGUGCCGAAGGUCUACCUUACUCCUGUACUGAGGAGGAUGUUCUCAACUUCUUUGCAGGCUGCAAGAUUCGGAAUGGUGUUCAGGGUAUACAUUUCAUCUACAAUAAAAAUGGAAAACCUAGAGGAGAUGCUUUGAUUGAAUUGGAGUCACACCAGGAUGUUCAGGAGGCCUUAGACAAAGAUCGGCAAUACUUGGGCGAGCGCUAUGUGAAAGUUUUUGAAAUACGUAACGAAGAUGUUGCUGCCCUCAUGAAGAACCUGAAUCUCACAUCAACACCUACUACCAAUGAUGGAGUUGUACGACUGAGAGGACUUCCCUACAGUUGCACGGAAGAGGAUGUUUCUGAGUUCUUCUCAGGUUUGACUAUUCUCGACAUUGUGUUUGUCAUGGACCAGAAGGGGAAGUGGAGAACGGGAGAGGCGUAUGUGCAGUUUGCUACUCCUGAAAUGGCUAACCAAGCCUUGUUGAAACACAGGGAGGAAAUUGGGAACCGCUACAUAGAAAUAUUCCCAUCUGGAAAGAGGGCAAUUCAAACACACAAGGGCUCUCUUCAGUUUAAUACGAUGACGAGUUAUUCUAUUCCAAAACAAGGUUCUGAAUCUGAUUUCGAAGAAAGUAAAUUGAAUGAGGCUUUAAAACCAGUUGCAGCAUAUAAAAAUGAUAACAAAAAUGAAAUUGUUAAACAAAGGGUUGAAAAGCCUUCUGAUAUGUUGGAAUCUGGGAGUUGCUCAUCGCAUCAUGUUGUUCACUUGAGAGGUCUUCCGUUUCAAGCAACAGCCCAAGAUAUUAUAAAUUUUUUUGCCCCCCUGAAACCAUUGAGGAUCAUGAUGGAAUACAAUUCAAGUGGAAAAGCGACAGGAGAAGCAGACGUACGCUUUGAGACACACGAAGACGCAGUUGCAGCCAUGGCCAAGAACAGGCGUCCUAUGGAAAUCAGAUAUAUUGAAUUAUUCCUGAAUUCAUCACCAAGCAAAAAAAAGGUUGCAAGUGACGAGAUCAUUCCCGAAGUUUAGCAGACUAAAUCAAGAUGCAUCUCAUUUGUACAUUUUCCUAAAGCCUGCGAUGUAGCCAGCAAGGACAUAUUCUAAAAAGACUCUGCCCUCCCCGGCUCCAAAUUGCCUUUUAAAGGAAAUCCAGCAUCUGUAUCUGAAUCCCUGCUCUAUUUGUGCAGAAUCUAUUUAAUGUAAAACAGAAAUUAAAGUUGCACUGUCCUUAAGCAUCUUGCUACAGUACAUGUUACAUGGUAGAGUGAGGGCUGAUUGUGAUGGAAACAUUGUGUAUGAUAAUUUUUUAAUUAAAGGAUUAAUUUGGUGGGAACCAAGUCAGAGGGAA